CUCGCAAUCGGUGGCUCCUCUGUUGCCAGCUGAAGACUCGCUUGUCAACCCCAAAGAGGCUGACCUCUAAUAACAAAAAACUUUUUUAAAAAGUAUAUCGCUUUAGUAUAUUAUCAUUACCUAUAGCCUUGUCAGCUGAGAGCGGGUCAUGUUUAGAAGAAGACCUGAUGUUCGAAACGCUGACUGUACGUGAUAGUGUUGCUGUUGCUGCAACAUGGGUGGUGGUGUCGUUGAGAAAAGGUUGCUUGUUGGACUUUGAUAAUUGCCCUCCUAAUGCAGCAGAAGCUAGGGACGUGGCGGAAUGCUGCAGCUGCACAAGUUGACGUUUAAAGUGAUCACAUGGACAGUGGUCAUCCACUUAACCUUCACGGGAGCCAAAUGCUGGGUCACUUCACAAAGAAUAGAUGUCGAAGAAAAAACGCAAACACCCAGAGUGAUACUGACAGUGAGCUCAAUGGCUUCUCAUACACCUGAAGGCGUGAUCACAGAACGCUUGUUGGAACUGAACUGGUACGAUGCACCCCCUGGCAUGAAUGAGGACCCUACCUCAUGGGUAGGCCUCUUCAAUCAUGAUCCUGCAGAGGGCAGCCACGAUCCUUUAGAAGUGGUUCCUACAAGAAACAACCCUGAAGGAUACUAUAGGACAAGAGUUUCAUUUCCUAGAAUAGAAUUUUUUGAUAAAAAGCUCAACGAUGGUUGCUUAGGGUAUUGGAUAGGUUAUAUUAACCUAAAUCGAAUAGUUGCCAAAUCAUGCCUAAGAGCCAGACCACGCUGGAUGUACGAAAUGAAAGACAUUAUUGGAAACCGAACACUGAAAGAACUUAUGCUUCCUGGAACUCACAACGCGGGAAGUUACGAAAUUUACAGACCAGACAGAAACACGGUUAAAGUUAAAUAUCAAAUAUGUCAUGACGAAGAUGUAUUCAACCAACUAGUCUACGGCAACAGAUUUUUAGAUUUCAGAGUCAUUUUCAAACACGUCGCUGGGAGCAAAGAAAAGUUCUGGAUUACACACAGUAUUCUAAGAACGAACAAUUCCGUCAGAGACGUUCUGACACAGGUCAAACGAUUCCUCGAUAAUACGAACGAAAUCGUUAUUAUCGACUUUCACUUGUUUUACAUGGGUUUCAUUGAUAGCUGGGUAGAUGAUCGGCACAAGGAACUUAUAAAUUUGAUUGUUGGAAUUUUGGGGCCGUACAUGAUGCCAAACUCAUAUGGAUCUUCCACAACUUUGAAUGAAAUGUGGAAAAAUAACAAACGAGUGUUAGUCGGUUAUGCAUCCAAGCAAGCGAUUGAAAGUAAUCUCCUAUUUCCUGGGGCAUUUCACUUGUGGGGAAAUAAAGAAACUCGACCAGAGUUGGAAGACUUCUUGGAAAGGAAUAUGUGCCAUUUUUAUCACAGGAACUUGUGGUCAGCAAUGGCUGAACUGACGCCAAGUACUUCAGGAGUAAUUAUUGAUAAGUAUGGUGGUCUCAGGAAUUUAGCUCAAGAUGUUAAUCGCCACAUUACUAAAUGGUUUAGAGAAAGGUGGUGGAAGUGUGCCAACGUUGUUUCCACGGAUUUCUUCCUCGGUAACAAUUUAAUCGAUGUAUCUAUUGAUGCAAAUGCCAAGAAGUUUACAAGAAAAUAAAGUUUUAUUUAUUUGUUGGUUUUAA